UUCCGAAUCUAAUUUAGCACAAUUUAGUGAGCUUUACUUAUGAAAAACAGUGUUUUAAAAUAGUAUGAUCAAGAUGACAGUGACUUUGGUUGUAUUAACAAGAAGGUAGCGAAUACCGAUCAUGACCGAAGUGUCAGAUUGUUUGGGUGCGAAGCAGCUGAUGGGAAGCGAUAUACGGGUCCAGUUCUCCUGUAAUGUAGGGAUCCACGGCACACAGACAGAUCCCUGACACCCUCAACUCACCCGUGGAUUUACUGAGCUGCUUUCAACUUUAGACAAGCGAUGGAAAGCGUUGGAAAAUACGAGUUCAACAGGAAAGAUUUGAUAGGACACGGCGCUUUUGCUGUGGUGUUCAGAGGAAGACAUAAACAGAAACCUAAUUUUGAGGUCGCGGUGAAAUGCAUUAACAAGAAAAAUCUCGCCAAAUCACAGUCGCUCUUAGGAAAAGAAAUCAAGAUAUUAAAGGAGCUGAAACAUGAGAAUAUUGUCAGUUUACUGGACUUUCAGGAGAUAUCGGGAUGCGUCUAUCUUGUCAUGGAGUACUGCAAUGGAGGAGACCUAGCAGAGUAUUUACACUCUAAAGGCUCUCUGAGCGAGGACACGAUCCGCAUGUUACUGCAGCAGUUGGCGGGAGCCAUGAGUGUUUUAAGGAGUAAAGGCAUCAUUCACCGUGACCUAAAGCCCCAAAACAUUCUCCUUUCGUACAGCACAGGUCGCAGGGCCAACCCCAACAACAUUUGCAUCAAACUGGCUGAUUUUGGCUUUGCACGUUAUCUGCAGGGAAACACCAUGGCUGCCACGCUCUGUGGCUCUCCUAUGUACAUGGCUCCUGAGGUCAUCAUGUCACAGAAUUAUGAUGCCAAAGCUGACCUGUGGAGCGUAGGGACCAUCAUCUACCAGUGCUUGACUGGCAAAGCCCCAUUUCAGGCAAAUACUCCACAGGAACUGCGGCAGUUCUAUGAAAGAAACCGGAGCCUGAGUCCCAGUAUUCCACGUGAAACCUCCAGUACCCUAAGGCACCUUCUGCUUGGGUUGCUGCAGAGGAACCACAUGGAACGCAUGGACUUUGAUAAAUUUUUCCACCAUCCUUUCAUGGAGGCCAGUACAUCCAUGAAGAAAUCCUCUCCAGUGCCUGUGCCCACCUAUCCCAGCUCUGGCUCUGGGAGCUCCAGCAGCGGUUCCUCAACAGCACGCCUCACUCCUACUCAGUCUGACACUGAAGCUCUGAGGCCCCUCCCUCAAAUGAACCCCACACCGUCUCCAGGUUCCCAGCUGAAAGACUCUUCCUCUGAAUCUUCCUCUGAGUCCGAUGACUUCGUAAUGGUGCCGGCUCAGUUCACCAGUGAACUAGUCUCAGCAGAAGGGCAGGACAGUUUGAUGCGCAGCGGAAACUCACUGCUGGGUGUCACUGCUUGUGUGGGUCAAACGCCAUCAUCCUCCCCGUCUGUCAGAGCCUCCCCAAGCCCUUCCAGGCCUCUGGAGUCAUGUGGCAGUAGUUACGCUCAGUCUGUGCCUGUUCCAGUGCCGACACAAAAACACAACUACCAGAGGAUGGAGCACAACCUACAAGUGUCUGACAGGACAGCAACACCUGUACAUCACUGCUACUCAAAUGGAUUUCCAACAUGUGGAAGAAUCAGGGCUUCUUCGGAAUCAGAAGGAUCAAGACCGUUUCUACCUUCCCCACAAGUGGGAAAUGUUCCUGAAACACCCAGUCAGCCCCAGCCUAUUGGCAGUAAGACGGGGUUAAAUGCUGCAGAUCAACGGCCUGGUCAGGUCUCUCCUCUAUUCACUGACCUGACAACCUUAGACACAACCCUGACUCACAGACUCAGAGGUCAUCAGCACAGCCCAGAAUCUGUAGUGCACAGAUGGGAUUUGUAUCGGCGACCCAUCUCUGGUCAAACUCCAAGUACGGCGCUGGUUCAGCGAGGCCUGACCGCCCGAACCAAGGCCGCGUCUGACCUGAAAGAUCUGGCACAGUACCCGGCUACAAGGCCCCGUGUGCCACUUCUCAAGCCAGCGGAAAGAAGGGACAUGGUCAAAAGGUCAUUAAGUACCGGCCGUCUCUCAGAUAAGCUGCUGAAGGCUGUGUUCGGACAUCAACUUGACAGGGGCAGCUGUGAGAGCUUAAAUUCAGAGAAACCCAUGGACACAACAGCACCCCCUUGUGGCAAUGAUGGCAUAGAGCAGGGCUCAGGGAGUCCUGCUGGAGUUGUGUUCAUGCUGGGCUCUCCUGAAUUCGGACUCACACCUCCUCACUCUACUCGACCUAGACGCUUCUCAGUGGGCACUCCCAGCCCAACGAGCCCUGGCUGGACCUACGGUCAUUUGCACGAGGCCUACGGUUCACCUGAAAGCCUGCGCUGUGGUUACACAGAUGCCAUUGCAACAAACCUCAGUGAGGACGUGGCAUUUGUGCCACCUGAACUGCCAGAGGAGACGCUUAUGGAGGAGGGGCAUACAGACUUGCUGAGCCGACUGCGCUUCAUUCUAGCCUUUUCCUACUGCAUCACAGAGGUCGCUCGAACAAAGGACAGUGGGGAAAGGAACAUGGCACUUGAUGCUUCAUUCUUAGAGCAGAGCAUGGUGGCUGACCAGAUCAGCCUGCUGAGCCAUGAGUGGAGCUCUGCAGAGCAGCUGGUCCUCUAUAUGAAGUGUGCCGAGCUGCUGUCCUCAGCGCUACACACAGCGAUGGCCGGGAUCAAAGAAGGCAAACUCUACCCAUCAGGAUCUGUUAAACAAGUAGUACGUAAGCUUAAUGAGAUGUAUAAGGGGUGUGUGAACGCCUGCCGUUCUCUCACUGAGAAACUCCAGCUCUUCUUCAGCAGCAAGCAAAGACUGAUGGACCGCAUGAACAACAUUACUGCUGAGAGACUCAUCUACACACACACCGUUCAGAUGGUACAGACAGCAGCGCUGGACGAGAUGUUUCAUCAUGGAGAAACCUCUGUAGAGCGAUACCAUAAGGCCUUACUGCUGAUGGAGGGCCUGUCUUUAAUUACAGAGACUGCAGACAUAAACAAUAUCAACAAAUGUAAACAGUGGAUUGUGCGGCGACUCUCCUCCCUUCAGCCCAAAUGUGUGUGAUGCAUCAUCAAACCCAAAAUAUCUACAUCUCUUUUAAUCAAAGUUGCAAUUUUAAAUUUCGUGAAAGGAAAAACUCACACUCACCCACUCAUUUAAAAUGUGAUACUUGGUUUCCAAAGCCAAAGAAAGGUGAGAAAAGACUUUUUCAUAAUAGACAGAGAUGAAAUCUCCAUGAUGGCACUUAAAGUGAUGACUUUAAUCUUAGCA